AUGGAGGUCGCGGUGGCCGGCGGCGGCAAGCGGGCGUGGGUGGUGGAGGUGGAGAGGACGGUGAAGGAGGCGGAGGCGGCGGCGGAGGCGUCGCGGUGGCAGCGGCACUGCAUCUACCGCGUGCCGGCGUGCAUCAAGGACAUCAAGCCCAAGGCGUACCAGCCGCAGGUGGUCGCCCUCGGCCCCUUCCACCACGGCGACCCGGGCCUGCUCCCCAUGGAGGAGCACAAGCGCCGCGCGCUGCGCCACCUGCUCCGCCGCGCGGGGCGGCCGCUCGAGGACUUCGUCGCCGCCGUCGAGGCCGUCGCCGGGCAGCUCGAGACGGCGUACCUCGACCUCGGCGAGGAGUGGCGCGGCGGCGACGGCGAGGAGGAGGCGGCGAGGGAGAGGUUCCUGGAGAUGAUGAUCGUGGACGGGUGCUUCCUGCUGGAGGUGAUGAGGACGGCGGCGGGGAAGCACGUCGACGACUACGCGGCGAACGACCCGGUCUUCAGCCGCCACGGCGUGCUGUACAUGGUGCCGUACAUCCGCCGCGACAUGCUCAUGCUCGAGAACCAGCUGCCGCUGCUCGUCCUCGAGAGGCUCCUCUUCAUCGAGACCGAACGCUCACCUGUUCAUCAGCGAGCUUCCAACGCUGACCAGAUCAACCGGAUGGUGCUGCGGUUCCUCUCGCCGACGUCGCGGACGCCGGCGGCCGGGUCGGCGCUGGGGCUGCACCCGCUGGACGUGCUCCGGCGGAGCAUGCUGCACGGGUCGUACCAGGCGCCGCGGGGCCCCGUGGACGCGCCGGACGCCGACAUCAUCCGCUCCGCCGUGGAGCUGUACGAGGCCGGGAUCCGGUUCCGCCGCAGCCGCACGGACAGCCUCCACGACAUCCGGUUCCGGCACGGCGUGCUGGCCAUGCCCGCCGUCGCCGUGGACGACUCCACCGAGUACAUGCUCCUCAACAUGAUGGCGUUCGAGCGGCUGCACCCGGGGGCCGGCAACGACGUCACCGCCUACGUCUUCUUCAUGGACAACAUCAUCGACUCGGCCAAGGACGUGGCGCUGCUGAGCUCCCGGGGGAUCAUCCAGAACGCCGUCGGCAGCGACAAGGCGGUGGCGAAGCUGUUCAACAGCAUCUCCAGGGACGUGGUGCUGGAGCCGGAGAGCGCCCUCGACGACGUGCACCGCCAGGUGAACGCCUACUGCCGCCAGCCGUGGAACAUGUGGAGGGCCAACCUGGUGCACACCUACUUCCGGAGCCCCUGGGCGUUCCUCUCCCUCGCCGCCGCCGUCUUCCUCCUCGUCAUGACCGUCAUGCAGACCGUCUACACCGUGCUCUCCUUCUACCAGAGCGCAGACAGUGGCGGCGGCGGCAGCGGUGGCUCCGGCUCGACGGCGCCGUCUCCGACGUGAUCCGUACGUCGAGCUCUCUUCUCCACUACUCCCUCCGUUCCAGUUACAAGACUUUCUGAUAAUUUGCUUCGAUUGAGUUUUACUGUUUGGUUUUGCUUGUUGGUUUUUGGAUGAUCAAAGGUGUAUACUCUGAUUUGUGUGCUAGAGUGAGGGGUUGCUUAUUUCUGUUGUCUGCAUUCUAAUUUCA